AUGGUUCAGAUUGAAACAUUCUCUGUUGAAUCAUGGAUGGACGAACACGAAACAAAAUGCACCCACAACAUAGCCGAAACAUGCUGCGCUUCUAUUUCAAUCGAUCAACUGCGUGAGCUCUCUGAGGACAAGGACAGGCAAAUCUUCCAAACCUCCAAAGCCUUAACCUAUGGUGCAAUCCGUGGCUCUGAGGACCUUCGAUCGAAUCUUGCCCGACUUUACUCUGCAAGGUCGACGCCUCUUCCGCUAGAGAAUAUUCUUAGUACCCCGGGAGCUAUUCAGGCGAAUUUCCUCUGUGCGUAUGCACUAGUGGGACGGGGGGAUCAUGUGAUAUGCCACUAUCCUACUUACCAAUCCCUCUACGAAGUCCCCAAACAACUUGGGGCCUCAGUAUCACUCUGGAAUGCGAAACCCGAAAAUGCUUGGACGCCCUCCAUCCCCGACCUCAAAUCCCUUAUCCAACCCAACACCAAACUCAUCAUCAUAAACAAUCCCAACAACCCUACCGGCGCUGUUCUUAAAAAGUCGCUCCUCCAGGAAAUCAUCGCCGUAGCCUCCGAGCACGAAAUCUCAAUUCUCUCCGAUGAAGUCUACCGCCCAAUCUUCCACAGCAUCAGUCCAGUAGAUCCCGAAUUCCCACCAUCCCUUUUGUCGAUGGGUUACAAGAACACCAUAGUCACAGGGUCCAUGUCGAAAGCAUACGCACUAGCCGGUAUCCGUGUAGGUUGGAUAGCAUCACGCUCCUCCUCGAUCAUUGAAAAGAUUGUAGAAGCGCGGCACUAUACCACGAUAUCCGUCAGUCAGCUUGACGAACAAGUCGCCGCGUACGCCUUGCAUCAAAACACCAUUCACAGCCUUCUAUCUCGCAACAUUCAGCUUGCUAAAGCGAAUCUUGCGGUGCUGGAGAAAUUCGUGGAUAAGAAUGAUGAGACAUGUGAGUGGGUGAAGCCCCUGGCAGGCACGACUGCGUUUGUCAAGUUCCAUAUUGAGGGGAAGCCGGUGGAUUCGGUGGAUUUUUGCAAACGGUUGAUUGAGAAGACGGGAGUGCUGUUUGUGCCAGGAAGUGAGUGCUUUGGGAAAGAGUUUAAGGGGUAUGUAAGGAUUGGGUUUGUGAAUAACACUGAAGUUGUGGAAGAGGGGAUGAAGAAGGUGACACAGUUUUUGAGGAAGGAAUUCGAUGGGGUAAAGCUUGCAGAAUAG